AUGAAUAAUUUAAUCAAACAAAAUGUUUACCAACAUGGUGAACAAUAUGAAACUAUUCCAGAAAAUACCAAUAUUUUAAUUUUCCACAAUCGUUUUAAUUUAACUAUUAAACCAUCAUAUAUUCCAUCAUCAGUAACCCAUAUUAUUUUCGGUGCUUUUUUCAAUAAACAAAUUUUAAUUAAUACAUUUCCAAAAGGUGUUCAAUUUAUUCAAUUUGGUAACCAAUUUGACCAAGCUAUUAUCCCAUUAUCCAUUCCAGAUACAGUACAACAACUUACUUUUGGUGAUUGUUUCAAUCAAACAAUGACUGAAGGUUGUCUUCCAUCAUCUAUUAUUAAAUUAGUAUAUGGUGAUUGUUUCAAUCAAGAAUUAAAUUGCAAUAGUGUUCCAUCAUCAGUUAAAUAUUUAAAACUCGGUUCAUACAAUAGACAAAUUAAAGAUUUAAAGAAAGGAUGUGUUACUCAAGAUAAAAUCAUCUCUUAUAAAGUUAAAGGCUCCUUACCAUCAUCCAUUGAACAAUUAUCUUUUGGUCCAACUUUUAAUCAAAACAUCCCAGAUGAAAUUAUUUCCUCAUGUAUUAAAGUUAUCUUGGUACCAAAAACAUGUACCUAUAAUUCAAGUUCAAUUUAUUUUGAUAAAAUUAAAUGUUUUUAA